AUGAAGGGCUUCACACAACUUGCGCUGCUCGCGGCAUCGGCCACGCUGGGCCAGGCUGCUUUCCGAGAGGGAUGUGCCGACGCGCCCUGGGACUCGGAUACCGAUUUCUUCUUGACCAAGUUUGAGAAGAGUCCUACCAAUCCAUUCCUGGCCGAGUACAACAAGACGUACGUGACCAUUAAGAACCGUCAGAGCCGAUAUGUCGUUCUGUACUGCAGCAAGGAGCCGCCUCCCACCUCCAUCGUCGGCGAGUCGUCCUUGUUCGUCAAGGCUCCCGUCAAGAAUGUAGCUGCGCUGGAUGGAUUUUCCCAGAAUCUCAUCGAGAUGCUCGGCAUGUCGACAAGCAUUAAGCGCACCGGCGUGUAUUCCGACGUGACGAGCUCAUGUAUUCGCGGCAACAUGAAGGACAACAUUACAUUUGACGACGACGAGUGGGACAAGGCCCCGAAAGUCGACGUGACCUUCUACGGCGACACGGCCACGUCGGACAACAAAAAGGUCCUCAUCUACAACGUUGGCAACUACGCGCCGCUCGCUCAGCUCGGCUACAUCAAGUUCGUCUCCAUGUUCUUCGGCCUCGAGGAGCUCGGCGAGAAGCUCUACGACGAAAUCUCCGCCAACUACCGCUGCGCGGCCGCCCAGGUCCAGCAGGCCGUCAUGGCCGGCACGUACCCUACCGGCGCGCUCAUCUCGCCCAUCCGCAAGGACGGCGACAAGUUCACCGUGUUCCAGAGCGCCUGGUGGAACUCGAUCCUCUCGGACGCCGGCUCGGCGCUCGUCAACGUCUCGGCCGACGGCCAGGCCGCCGAGACGGGAAACCCGACCAAGCCGGCCCUCGUCACCAUCGACGCCAACAGCGCCGGGAACAACUUUGCCAGGAACAGCUGGGCCAUCAUCGACACCACCCAGUACGACCAACUGCCCGGCAAGCAGGCCCCCAAGACCCUGCCCGAGUCUACCCGCAUCACGGCGGACACGUACACGUCGAGAUCGGGCGCCUCGAGCGCCUCGUACGCCGUCAAGAACAACAACGUCUGGCUUACGGACAAGGCGGCCAACCGCAACCGCCGUCACAACUUUUUUGACCGCGGCAGCGCGCGCCCGGAUCAGGUCAUCCGUGACAUCAUCUCCGUUGUAUCGCCUUCGUUCCUGCCCGACUACUCAAACAUGUUUAUCCGCAGCGUCUCCAAGCCAGACGACGAGAUUGCCCUCAGGCGAUUCACCAACACGUGCGCCGAAAAGGGCAAGGAGCUGGAGACGCUGAGCUUGACCAAGUGCGAUGCGCCGGCGUGGGUGGCCGGGUACCACGACUCUGGGUUGAAGCCGAACGCGUACCGCUCCGCUGACCAGGCUGAGUCUCUUGCUCUCCGCGCGAGCGGCAGCGGGCUCAGCGGCGGGCAGAAGGCUGGCAUUGCCGUCGGCUCCGUGGUUGGGUUCCUCCUGCUUGCGGCCGCGGCGGGCUUCGGCAUCUACAAGUGUCGCCGGGCUCGUGCCGGAGACAAGAAUGCCAAGAGGAGCGAGAUGGACCAGGUUGAGAAGGGGUCUGUAUCGAGCAGGUCUACCCACUGA